AUGGAUUCCUAUACGCCGCUGCCUUUGACCAACACGGUUGAGGCGCAUUUGGUGAUCAAUACCGUCUUGGUUGCCGUCACGGUGGUCGUGGUUGGGCUGCGAGUCCUCUCUCGAAUUCUAGCCCGGUCGAAGCUGGGAGUAGACGACUACUUGACCAUUCUAGCCCUUCCUCAAGGGGUUACAAUGCUGGUGUUGCAAGGAAUGCUGGCAAGAUCGGGCCUUGGUCACCCCUAUCCGGCCAUCAUUGGAAACUGGUAUUUCAUUGACACUCUUCUUCUACCAUUCGAUGCGUUUUUCGGCGCCUGCGUCCUGACGACGAAACUCAGCGUCCUGUUCUUUUACCGUCGAGUGUUCACCAGCCGUACCAUGCGCAUCGCGACCUUGGUGACCUUGGUGCUCGUAGUACUCUGGGGAAUCGGCAAUCUCUUGCAGACUUUUCUGGUUUGCCAUAUGAUAGACGGCAUCUGGCACGCUACCAAUCCCAAUUUCUGUCCCGACCUCCAGGCGAGCUUCAUCUCAAUAGGGCUCUUCAAUCUAAUCACCAACACCAUCAUUAUGCUUGUACCGCUUUACACAGUCUGGACCCUCCAAAAGGUCCGCGUGUCGACCCGAUUGGGACUCAGCGCAGUGUUUUUGCUAAAUCUCAUGGUUACCGUGGUUUCUGUCACAAGGAUUGCUAUGAUGAUUGGCGUCAAGGAUCUCAACGAAGUUCUGAGCAGCAUGGUCAUAGUGACAUUUAUGUCAGUGCUCGAGGUGAACCUGAGUAUACUUUGCAACAGCCUGCCAAUGCUGCUUCCGCUCUACACCUACUGGAAGCACCGCAGGUUUGGAGGCGACGGGGAGGACGAGUACGUCUCGAGAUUGAGAGGGGACAGCCAGUCGGGCAGGCACGAGCACCUCGUGGAGAACCUGACGAAUGGUAUUCCGCUUGAGACCAUUUACGGGAAGGACAACGUACACUUCACAACAACGGUCGGGCGAGGCGACAGGCCGAGACGGACGAAUUACGAACAAUCUGAGGACGACGGGUCGGACUCAGAAUCGACGAGAAGGCUUCCGCGGAACGCGCAGGCUAUUACGAUCGAAACGAAAUGGUCGAUAACGGAGGAAAGCGUGAAAUAG